CCUCCACCUCUGGCCGCCGGAGCCUGCACCCCGGAAAUGAAACCGGAGGAAACGCCACGUCCAAGGCGUCGGCUGACGUCAGCGCGCUACGUCAGGUGCCGUCCUUCCGGCGAUGGGUGGUCCUGAGGUCGGGCGCGGAGGCGGAGCGAAGGCGGGGACUGGAUCUGGUGGAGGAUUUGGUGGGUAGGUGGGUUCAGGCCGAGGGAACUACGGGUCGGCGUUGGGUUCACUGGGCUCGGAACAAAGGACUCUGCGGACGGGACGCGGCGCGGCGCCUUCGGACCGGCAGCCGAACGGCCGAUCGACGCUCCUGGGCCACCCCGUGCCCUGUCGGCGCCGUCCCAGCCGCUUCCCCUUAGGACUCCCUGCCCGCGCCGCGGACGGGCCCCGCGCAGCGGCACCUGCUGCUGAGGGACCCCGCGGCCGGCCCAGGUGCUCAUGAUGGGGCUGAUCUUCGCCAAACUGUGGAGCCUCUUCUGUAACCAAGAGCACAAAGUGAUUAUAGUGGGACUGGACAAUGCAGGGAAAACUACCAUUCUUUAUCAAUUCUUAAUGAAUGAAGUGGUUCAUACAUCUCCAACCAUAGGAAGCAAUGUUGAAGAAAUAGUUGUGAAGAACACUCAUUUUCUUAUGUGGGACAUUGGUGGUCAAGAGUCAUUGCGGUCAUCCUGGAACACGUAUUAUUCAAACACAGAGUUCAUCAUUCUUGUUGUAGAUAGCAUUGACAGGGAACGACUAGCUAUUACGAAAGAAGAAUUAUACAGAAUGUUGGCUCAUGAGGAUUUAAGGAAGGCUGCAGUCCUUAUCUUUGCAAAUAAACAGGAUAUGAAAGGGUGUAUGACAGCAGCUGAAAUCUCCAAAUACCUCACCCUUAGUUCAAUUAAGGACCAUCCAUGGCACAUUCAGUCCUGCUGUGCUUUAACAGGAGAAGGGUUAUGCCAAGGUCUAGAGUGGAUGACCUCCAGAAUUGGUGUGAGAUAACUGUUUUGCUUGAAAGAGACUGCUCUAUUUAUUCUGUGACAUGAACAUUUUUUCCUAGUAUCUUUGGCUGCUGAGGCAGCAGCAUGUUUAAUUUAUAACAACACAAACCUCUAUGAGCAACACUUGAAUCAAGUGCAGCUGAACUGGAACGUGGAAGAUUUUUUCUUAACUUUUUUUUAAUGCACUAAUCUUCAGUUGGAUGAACACUAAUGUAUAACUGUGUUUUCAGCAACAGAAUUUUUCUGACUGCUUACUCUAAUUAUUCAAUGACUGCCUUGUAAGAAAUGUUUGUCAUAUGUCUAAGGUUUCCUGAAGUAUUGUAAUGACUUUAAUGACCAAGUUCUCUCAUUUCUUGACCACCCCUGCCCCACCAGAUAAUGACUGGUUUGACAAAGUAUUAGAGGAAAUCAUCGGGUAUUGCUUGCAAACUUAACCAGCACUAAGUAUUUGCUCCCUCUAUAAACUAGUUACCUUUUGGACAGAACUUACUAUAGAGAAAGAAGUCUGCCUAGAAGAUAUAUGUGAGGAAGAUUAAACAUCAUGAAAACUGCCUUUAAAUGAGUUAACAUUAUUGCAAGUCAUGGAAUAAUUUUAAGUUACUGUUAGCAUGGAAAUUAAGUAGGCUAUUAUCUAAAAGAAGUCCACAUUUCUGCCUAUAACACGGCAUUUGUUUUGGUUAAAAACUAAUCAAGGUAAAAUAUUUAUUUAAAUGCCCUACUUUGGAUAAACCUGGCAUUUUAAGAAUGCCACAUUAUUCAAUGCAUAUAUAAAUAUUAGUAGUUAUUAAAGCAUACCAGCAUUAAUAUUAAAACCAGCCAUUUGGAAUAUAUUUUAUUAUCAGCCUAAUGUUCAACUAUUCCAUUUGCAAGGGACAUCCCAUCUGCUUUGGGCAAAGCUAAAGCAGAGUAUAAAGAGUUCAUUUUAUUUCUUAAAAUUUGAAAUUGUGUCUGUAAUACUCUUACUACCACCAGCAGUACAUUACUUAAAAAAACCAUAUGGCUUUUCUUAAAGCUGUUUGAGGUUGUCGUGUAAUAAGCUUGAAACAAUUUUAAUCUUUAUUGUUAUGCCUCAUGCUCUAAAAUCUUUUGCUGGAGUAUAGGAAACUGCUAAAUUUAAUCCUAGCUUUUAGAAUAGUACUAUGAGACUCAAAGUUAAUACACUAACAACAUAUAAAUUUAAAAAAUAGGAAAAAAGUCAUAAUCUAUUGCAAGUUUAUUUGAUAAUAUUUAAAAGUUUUCAAGGCAGUUGUCUAAUAUGAACAAUAAAUAAUACAUACCUUGAGGAGGACAGGUAUCAUAAUUUUAAUCCUCUUUAUCUUAAAUGUAUGAUUUUGCUAUAAUGAAAGGGAUAAAAUACUUAGAGAAUAAUAAUACUUCAUCUUUGCAGUAUUUUUUUUCAUUUGGGUCAAAAGUAGGA